AUGGACGGUCUCAGAGUUGGCGUGUGGAGAGACGCAGAUGCCAAGGUGCACGUGCAGGAUGAGCUGAGCACUGCAGGAGCUUCCACGUGGCGGAUCUGUAAACGGAGGAACCAUCUGUCUUCCCCAGAGAAAACCACACAGCUCCUCUUCCGCGGGGCCCAGACCUACAUGGACCACACAUGGGAGGAGGUCUGUGCCAUCGUCGACACGCCGGAGUCCCCAAAGCCUGGCCCCAUGGAAGCCCCUCGCGCUGCACGUGGGCAGAUGCUGAUCGGACCCGACGGCCGGCUGACCAGGAGCCGAGCCCCGGCCUCUGAAGCCGACCUGGCCGGGGCAGCCUGCUCGUCGUGUGUGCGAGUCGCAGACGGGAGGGCGGCUUGCGGCCAGUGUGAGCGCGCCCUGUGCGGGCGCUGUGUGCGCUCCUGCUGUGGCUGUGGCGCCGUGGCCUGCGCCCUGUGCGCCCUCGUGGACAGCAGUGACGUUCAUGAGGAAGUGCUCUGUGCCAGCUGUGCCAUGUUCGAGACCUGAGGGCGGGAGUGGACGCCAGCCCUGCCCGGACGACCUGGUGGUGUCCAUGCCGAGGAACUGUGGGGUGGGCGGGGGGAGGUUCUAUUUUGUAUUU